AUGGCGAUUCAUAUCCCUACUCCCAGCAAAUGGAGCCACAAGCACAUCAUACUUGUGACCCUGAUCGGAACCCUGGUCGCCAUCGCCAUCACGGCCGUCAUCUCCAUCAGCCUCGCCCCCGCACAUAUCUACCUCUCUCUCACAGGCAUGAAAGUCGGCGGGCCUGUCCAAGAUACCAAGUUCUACAGCUUCACCCUCGUGGCCAGCAACAGCAGCCCGCGCAUGGCAGUGCUGUACGGCGCCCUGGACGCCGAGAUAUGGUACAGCCAGACGGCGUGGGUGCCGGCCAUGGUCGACUUGAGCGUGCUGCAGGACGGCAGGAGGCAGGCGCCGGGGAAUGUGACCCGCAUAAACGUGUCAGCGGAGUACUGGCAGUCCGAGCAAGCGAGCAGCAACAAGUUCGCUGGCGCUGCUGCUGCUAAUGCCAUCGUCAACUGUACGCACGGCUGA